AUGGUGUUCUCAUUGAUCGGAGUUCGCGAGGAAGAGCUGGCUUUCCGCAAGCACGAAGAUCUUCGUGCAGAACUAGGAUUCGUGGACAUGAAUGAAAUGAAACGCUUCGUUAAAAGUGAUCGAUUCAGACCGUACUUCGAAACCUACGCUUAUGCCUGGAUACUACCGCAACAAAAAGCCGUGAAACAUGUGGGCACGUCUCGUGGACGAGGGCCACAAUUCAUCACAGUCGAGGAGCGCAUGCUUGUUGGGGAGCGGUCAGGGUCUGACAAGUUUUCAACUCCAUACCCUGACAAAUCUAAUUGGGAUCAAAUGGACCAUUGUGCCUACGCAAUGUACGGCAUUUGUCGCGCCAACACCAAGAGUGCUUCGGGAUUGUUCUUCAACAAAGGACUUUCGCCGGCGCAAAUCAACCUGAGAGUUUGGUUGCUCAUUAAAUAUGAGGAGUACAAUUGGGCCCCCUCUAGACGCCUCCCACCAGGAGGUACGCGAGACCCUUCCGCAGAGAGUGAGCCAGAGCGUUCAGUAAGCACCCAGCUGCUGCAGCCUUCAGCGAGCACUCUGCAACAGGCCAGCAACACACCGCAGCCUCCGACUCCGAAUCUGCCAGAUCGUUCGGUAGGUGCUCGUUCGGGCAGUGUACCACCGCAGCCUCCUACAACCCCUCCCCGACUCACUCCUCCACCGCCUCCGUCUCCUGAGGAUGAGCGGCUCGCCCGAAUUAGGCUUGCCACUAACUUCCCAUCGAGUGCUGCUCACAAUCAAGAGAUAAUACAACCCGACAAGUGGGUGGAAGUUGUACAGUCAAAUAACCAGAAGCUUGAGUUCGAUCGUGAUGUUGACGAGGAGAACAAAGAUAGCAUUGAGACUGAGAUUUUGACAAACGCUCAAAUAAUGGCGAUCGAGAAUGGAGCUAGGAAGUUUGAUAUCAAGGAGCGGUUUUGGAAAGCAUGGCUUAUCGACGAGUUGAUUCGAAAGGGUAAUGAUGUGAGGGCUUUCAAGGAAAGUCUUGAACUAGCUGGACAAAUUACUACUCGCAUUGCAGAUCAUGAUCAGAAGGCCUGGUUUGACAAAGUCACGCGUGAUCAGGGAAUAGACACUAUUCAGUAUCAGCCGUGGGAUGAUGCAGCAGCGGCGGAAUUUGACGCGCAGCAGUCAUACUUCGACAGUGAAGACUACCAGCGGGAAGAUCUCGAGGACUCGUGCCGUCUACUUCACAUACCUUGGUACGGUGACAAGACUAUCUUCCGCAUGCCUGGUAUGAACCUAUCUCAACAGCUCAAGUUUUGGCAGCCAGUAGCCGUGAAGGCGAUCAUUGAGUUUUGUCUACAGCCUCACUUGCGGGCCUGCUUUCUAGCAGACUACACCGGCCUGGGGAAAACAUGGAUUAUUGUUAGCUAUCUCUUAUGGCUCCAGAAAUUCCGUGAGGAUAUUCCUGCCAAGGACCGACCCCUUGCGAAACCAAUCCUUAUCCUAAUGCCCAAAGCUCUCAUAUCGCAGUGGAUCAAAGCUAUUGACCUCAUCGCCCCAAACGCCUUCGAAGUAUACAAGUACCAUGGAGAUACUCGACGUUCGAAGCCUAUCGCAAAUGAGCGCACGGUCAUGGGAACUCUCCAUCACGCACACGAGCUGUUCGAUGGAAAGGAGCAGCGUUCCAGAGCCAUAAUCAUAAGCAGCUACACGACAUUCGCGGUUCGCCAUGGUCCCGCAGCUAUUCGAAAGCACCGGAUCAACAAGUUGGCCAUGUCGAAGACGGAGGCUGACAAGAUUCGCUUUCAAGCAGACGCUCUUUGGGAAGGAAGCUUGGAAAAUUGCUUUGACUUGGUGGUCAACGACGAAUGCCACCUAUUGAAAUCUCUCUCUGCCGAUGUCUCCAAUUCGGUGUUGUGGUUGAAUGCUUUGCGCUACAUCAUGAUCAGCGCCACCCUCAUCCCUAAUGGCAUCAGUGACUGGUUGGGCUAUAUGCCCUUUGCCGAACCAUUUGACGCUGACGAGUGGUGGUCGGAGAGAUCACUUGCGGAGAUGCGCUUUAGGGAUGACGAAGAUCCGUUCUCCGUUCCUGACGAGCAUGUAGCAGCUAAGCUGCAGCUUACCGUUCGCGCUGUGAAGGAUUGGAUUCUUACUCACCGAAUAGAUCCUGCCGAGCAAGGUUUCCGAAUGGCCAAGAUGUGGAAAAAGCUAGUGAUUCGCCGCACCCCACAGAGUCGAAUUCCUUUCGGAACAGGUCGUAAGAUCGCUGAUUCUCUACCGCGUGUCAAAGCUGCUAUCAUCAAUUGUUCAUUCAAUGAGGAAGAGCGAGGGUGGUACAUUGAAUCCGAGAAGAAACUUACUGGCCAGCUCCUUGUCCCUGGAGAAGGGACAAAACCGGCAAAGUGGUCGCUGGCGGUACAGCGCAAGUUACUAUUGUUGACGACAUGGAUCAGUCUCCCUAAUCUAGAUGAGAUCCAGAACCUGAAGUCAACUAACAUGAAGAGAACUUUUGAUGAGGAGCGUUUCUUUCUCGAGUGGUUUACGGCUCACACAAAACCGAGUAUGGAGAACCCGGGCCCAUUGCUCCAGGAAUUGCUUGAGGGUGCGCCGAAGCUACGUGCUCUACUUCGCAAUGUUCGCAGCCAGGUUGUGAGAGACCAGGAGAAGAUCCUGAUCUUCUGUCAAUUACCGGCUGUCACGGUACUCCUCGUCGCAAUCUUCCGACUUCUCGCGAUCGAUUGUGUAACCCUCGGUGCCUACCAGCAGGCAGAAGAGCGCGAUGCUGUUAUCACGGCGUUCACUGAGUGUACCGAUCGGGCUCAGAUUCUGAUCACGACAUACGCGGUGGGGUCGACUGGUCUGAACCUACAACAGAUGUGUUGGAGAGUUCACAUGGUCGAGUGUGCGCACAAUUUGGGUGUCCAGGCCCAAGCCCUCGGACGCGCGGUACGUGUGGGAAACCCGAGCGCGGUGGUAUGGAUGUAUGAAUACUACGUCGCUGGUAGUUUUGACAGUCGAAUGAUCUGGAGAAAUAUUGAGAAGGCUAUACCGCAGGCAAUGGCGGAGUUGAAUCGACAGAUCUUCAACGGCGGAGAUGAUGCAGGAGACGUCACCGUCGAUCUCGGAGAAUGGGUGUUUAAGGAGGGGGAGAUGGUAAGAUACGAUCGAAUUGAAUGGAAUGAGUGGGAUAGGCCUCACAUCUUGUCACCACACGAGGUGCUUCAGUAUAUCCUGUUGCAGCGAAAGGGCGAGGAAAUCCUCCUUUAG